CCCCACCCCCACUCUCACCAACUACUCUUUCGCCACGCCCCAUAGUUGCCGGUGGUGGCCCCAUCUUCCUACUGCACAUAUAUAUUUCCCCUCUUAACACAGGCGCAUGGCCUCCAGCUGCUCCGCCCUCUCUGCUAACCUGCGCACUCUCCCGAAUCCCUCUUUUCCCCGAUCGCCGCUGCUGCGCAUUCCGUUGACUCCGCGAUUCUUCGCCGUUAACCACGGCUUCAGCUCUCUCAGAUUGAAUUCGAGCUCCUCCAGCUACAGUUGUCGAAGAACAAAAGCAUCCAUGGCUGAGAUUGUAACUCCGAAGAGCAAAGGAAAAGUAGUAGUGUUCGACUCGGAGGAAGAUCUGUCGGUGUCGCUAGCGGAAUACGCCGCCGAUCUGGCUACUAAAAUUUCUCGGGAGAAAGGCUCUUUCACCGUUGUCUUCUCCGGUGGUUCUCUUGUUAAAUCUCUCAGGAAACUUGUGGAGAAGCCAUACAUCGAUUCGGUGGAUUGGUCAAAAUGGCACGUGUUUUGGGUGGAUGAGAGGGUGGUGCCUAAGGAUCACCCUGAUAGCAAUUAUCUCCUUGCCUAUAACGAGUUUCUAUCGAAGGUUCCAAUCCCUGCUAGCAAUGUGUAUGCAAUAAGCGAUGCAUUAUCAGCAGAGGGUGCAGCGAACGAUUACGAGACGUGUCUCAAGCAUUUGGUGAAAACUAAAAUACUCGAUCAAUCUCAGACGAACGGGUUCCCGAAAUUCGAUCUUAUGCUAAUGGGCAUGGGACCAGACGGGCACAUUGCUUCUCUUUUCCCAGGACACUCCCUUGUUGAAGAAAACAAGAAAUGGGUUGCUUUUAUCGAGGAUUCACCAAAACCUCCUCCGAAAAGGAUUUCAUUCACUUUCCCAGUUAUAAAUUCUUCGGCAAAUAUUGCCCUUGUUGUAGCGGGUGGGAGUAAGGCCUCUGCUGUGUACAGUGCACUCGCCGAUGUUUCGAAUUCCGAAGUGCUACCGGUUCAACUGGUGGAGCCUGAAGGGGAAUUGGCUUGGUUUUUGGACAAGGACGCAGCUUCGAAACUGUAGGUUUUGACCGUGUGAGUACUUUUAUAGAAGUUUGGUGGUGAAUAAAAUCGGCAUUUGUUUGUUUGGUGUGGGUUGUAAUUUUGAGCAGUUCUACGCUUUUGUUAUCUAUUAAUAAAAGGAAUCUUGAUUGAGUAUCUUUUUAUGAUUUGUUGCAAGUUUUGUAAGUUCAAGGAAGGUUCUUUUGGAUAGUAUGAACUGUAUCUCUCUAAAUUCUACACCUGAUUAAGUACGCCGAUUUUUUUUUAC